UUCUCGCGCCGCGUCUUUCUGGUUGAGAGUGCUGGCUGUGGUCCUAGGUGGUGCGCUCUCUGGCCCCUUACUGGUGGCUUUUGCAACAGCACCGCGCCCAGUCUAUAUCGAACGGCUCGCAGGUAUGCAGCGCUUGCUCUGGUGCCGCCGCUUUGGCCGUCUGUGCCGGCCAAAUUGCGAGCUGUUUUGCAUUGGUGCACAGACUUAUGCGAGCCGUCCGACGAGGCCGGUAGCGUGACGCGUGUGCAACGAGCAAUGCAACGAAGGGCUAGAGUAAUCGAGCUAGCGUAAGAAGAUACUAGCAGCAAAAGCAAAGAUAAGGCUGCCAAGCAGUUCAGGCUCCUGUGGGCCUCGUUGGUGAUUGUUGGUGCGAUCCAGGCGUUGGAAACGUCGCGUGACGUAGCCAUGCGGCUUCUCACCUUGCUUCCGCUGGCAGCCACGGCUCUCCAGGCGCCAAACCAGAGAGCGCCAAUCCAGAGAAGAUCGACGGCGCGGCGCGCGUUCUCCUUCUCCGAAGCCGCUGACAGCUUAAAACUCGACGAGGCCUCGUCCAAGGCCGCCGACGCCGCGGCCAAGGCCUCCAGUAGCUUCUUAGAUUCAUCGAGCAGACUCGGCGCCCAAACGAGCGACGCCGUCGCCGCCUCUAGCAAAGCCACCUUUGAAGCCGCGCAAUCCGCUUUAAAAGUGGUCGAUUCCGACGCCGUGAAGAACGCGUUGAAAGCGGGGGACGGCGCGGCGGACGCCACCGCGCAAGCGAUCAAAAGGAGCGCCGACGCGCUGUCUUCCGUGAAAGUGGACACGUCGGCCUUCGACAAGGCCGCUCAAAGAGCGGCGGAGGCCGCGUCCAAGGCCGCCAGAGACGGCGCCACCAUCACCAAAUUCGAGGCGCCCGACCUCGGGAAAAAACUCUCAUCGAUCGACGCGUCGGGCAUCAACCGGGGCUUCGCCGACGCGGGGAAGAAGAUCUCGGCGUCGGUGGACGCGAAGACGCUGACCACAAACCUCGACGCGGGCAUGAAGCAGCUCGGCAAGAAUUUGGCUGUUGAUGUGGACAGCAAAGCCAUCCAAGCUUCCUUCGCCAAUGCCGGCAAGAAGCUCUCUUCCGUGGACACGAGCGGCAUCGAUCGCGCGGUGCAGAAGGCGUCGGCCAAUGCCGCCAAAAAGCUUAGUAGUGUUGACCUCGACGCCGUCGCGAAGAAGGCCGCUCAAAAUGCUGAAAAAGCGGCCAAGUCCGUAGAUACUAAAGCGCUGCAGAAGCUGUCCGCGAACGUGGACAAGAAGCUGUCGGCAGCGAAGGCCCCGUCCUUCGACAACCCUCUCCUGAAAUUCAAGGAGGGUCUCGGUGCAUCGACGGCGAAAGCCGGCGGCGCGAAGAAGGCCUUCGGGGCCAAGAAGGCGGUCGCAGGCGCCAAGGCUACUGGAUUGGCGGCGGCUGCCGAAAGAGCUGCGGCGUCCGCGCGGGAAGCGGGCGAGAACGCGGCGUCGCUCGACUUCGAGGCGCCCGAUUUCUCCGGGGUUAUUGACGCGUACCACGACGCCUUUCCGACCGUGUCGGACGACGUCUUGGACAUUGCGGCGUUAGUUGUCGUUCCUCUGGUCUUGAUCGCGGGCGGCACCGCUAGGGACGGAGGCAAGGCCUCCGGCUCUGCCGCGGCGGACGCUCGGAAAGCUGCCGAGGAGGCCGAGCGGCUCCGCAAGAAGGCCGACGCUGACAAAUCGGAGAAAGCUCGUAAGGCGGCGCGCGAGGCCGAGGAGAGGAAACGGAAAGCGGAGGCGAAGGCGCGGGACGAAGCACGCGCUGCGGAACAGCGGGAACGGGAGCGGAAGCGCGACGCGGAGAAGCGCGAGGCCGAGCGCCGCGACGCGCAACGCGCGUCCGAAAGGCGCGCCGCGGACGCGAAACGCGACGCGGAGCAACGCGCGCGCGACGAUAAAAGGGCGGCCGAGGCGCGGGCGCGCGACGAGAAAAAAGCUGCUGAUGCAAGGAUGAGGGAGGAGAAGCGUCUAGCCCUGUGUGGAAAUCAACCAGUGCGUCGGGUGCACCCGACAAUUCUUCACGAAGUCGUCUCUCGGCGAUGGCGCGGCCGUCCUGGCUCGGUCGAGCGGUGAGGAACUAGCACCGCCACGCCAUCGAGCAAACGUCGCGUCGAUGGCGUGGAGGUCGACGUGGCGAUUCAGCACGAACGCGCCGUGAAAUUUGGAUUUCCACACAGGUCUAGCCGACGAAAAGAAACGCAACGAGCAGAAAUUGGCCGACGAGAAGCGCCGCCAGGCCGAGCAGCGCGAGGCGCAAAGAUUACGGGACGAGAAAGCUGCUCAAGCGCGGCGCGAGGCCGACGAACGAGCUAGGAUGGCCAAACGACCGGUCGCGGCCCCGGGCCCCUACGACGCGAGUCAGUUCCUGAAAUACUGCAUCAAGUUCGACAAAUUUUAUGGGACCCAGGAGGAGUAUGAUUCUCAUUUUGCGCGGUGGAAGGAACGCUCAAAAUACAUCGAAGAAUAUAAUAGAGGGCUCGCGCCGGGCGAAGCCAAAUUAGUGCUCAACGCGCAGGCGGACCUGUCGGACGAGGAGGUCGCGGAGCUGGCCUAGGGAGGGCGUAAAGUCGUAAAUUUUCGAAA